AUGUUCGGAAUGGCGAUUCUCAAGACAGCAACGUUGCUUCUCGUUGCUGCUGCGUCGGCCUUUGCUGCACCUUCAACACUUCUUCAGUCUCGAUCCAAGUCUCCCAUCACGCACCUUGGAUCUCAGGGCCCCAUCUUGUCCGGUGGUGUCAUGACCAAGGAUAUUGUCUACACCAGUGGCACGAUCCCCUCUGUCAAUGGCACGAUCCCCGAGGGCAUCGAGGCCCAGACGGCUGCUGUCAUCAAUAAUAUUGGGAUCAUUCUGGAGGAAGCGGGCACGUCGUGGGACAUGGCCAUCAAAACGACGGUGUUCCUCGCCAACAUGGACGAUUUUGCUGCGAUGAACGGCGUGUACGGCAAGCUGCUGCCCAACCCGAAGCCGGCACGAACGACCAUUCAAGCGGGCAAGCUGCCAGGCAACUUUCUGGUGGAGAUUGAAGCCGUGGUGGCUCGUCCUCACUGCUGA